CACCGAGAGAGUUGAAUGGGAUCCCAGUGUGAUCUGGCACAGAGGCGGGAGGGGAGCAUAGCACAAGUCCUGGAGGAGGGUUCCAGCCAAAACUACUCUGUCGUCCGACUUUCAUCGACAUUCCUCCGUGUGUCCGGUCCCUGCAGAGAAGAGCCAAACGGUUCGCGGUGCGUAAUUACGCACGGCGAGGAGGACGACCGAAACCGUGGAGUUGCUCGCCGCGGACACCCGCGGACAAAGGAAGGCGAGUAGGCUGGAGUACAAUAACUGACUUGAGAGGAGAGGAGUACUGUCGGAGGGGGAGACAGGGGGGAAUCUGGAGUCGGAAGUGAUUUGUCUUGUAGAAAUGUAAUUUACGUCCAGGAUUUCAGGGAAGAGAAGAAUCAGUUUGGAGACCGAGGAAGGGGAAAAAAAGGACAAGAAGAAGAGUUAGUGAGUGGAAUCUUUCCCCGCAAAAAACAGCAUCAGGAUCCUCGGAGCAUGGGAGGAGUUGUCUACGAGCUGUAAAAUGUACCCGCUACACCGAGAGAGAGAGCAGCCCAUCUUCAGCGCCAGAGCUCAUGUCUUCCAGAUCGACCCGGCCACCAAACGCAACUGGCUGCCGGCCAGCAAGCACGCCGUCACCGUGUCCUUCUUCUACGAUGCCAGCCGCAGCGUCUACCGCAUCAUCAGCGUGGGUGGGACUAAGGCCAUCAUCAACAGCACCAUCACCCCCAACAUGACCUUCACCAAAACCUCCCAGAAGUUUGGCCAGUGGGCCGACAGCCGGGCCAACACCGUCUACGGCCUGGGCUUCUCCACAGAGCAGCAGCUGCAGCAGUUUGCAGAGCAGUUUAAAGAGGUGAAGGAAGUGGCCCGUCUUGCCAGGGAGAAAUCCCAGGAGCGGUUUGAACUGGCCAACCCUGCGCUCAACAUUGCAGCACCACAGAUUUCCCAGGAGUUGUCAGAGGAACGUCACUCUCCGCCACUGCUGACAGUUAAUGGGCCAGGCGAGGAGAAGCUGUUUCGCAGUAAGAGCGCUGAAGUGGAGCUGACAGUGGAGAAGGAGAGGGUCAAGAAGAUGUUGUCUGAAGGGUCCAUGUGUGAGAUAAACCUGGAGGCUGAGCUCUUCACUCUGCAGGACAGCAACGCUAAGCUGGUGGCAGCGCUGCAGGAAGCAAACAGCAGCGUGGAGCAGUGGAAGAAACAGCUGGCUGAGUACCAGGAGGAGACUGAUCGCCUCAGAGACCAGGUAGCAGAGCUCGAGGCCCAGCUGGGGCACCCUGCUGCUGGUCAGACUGGUAGAGAGGAGCUGAACCGGUCACUGGAGGAGCUGGAAGCCCUGCUGAGCGCCAAAGACCAGGAAAUUCACAAUCUACAGAGCAAGAAAACAGAUGUGGGUGAGCUACAGAAGGAAAGAGAGGACGCCAUGCAGAGACUCCAGGAUCUGGAGAGACGAAACACUGAGCUGGAGGAUCGGGUUCAGAGCGCUGAAAGGACGCUCGCCUCCAGCCGGGAGGAGCGGGAGCAGGCGGAGGUCGAGGUCCGACGCGUCAUCGAGGUUCUGGAUGUCAAAAUCUGUGACCUGAAGGACCUGAGACAGAGCCUGGCAAAACUUGUUGAUAAAUAGCCACAGCAGCAGUUGGGCUGCAUCUCCACAGCCAGAGCUGGUUUCCUUCAUGUGGCUUUGAUUUGUGUUCCACUGAUUUAACAGCAGAGCAGAAAUCAAAGCAUGAGGGAGGAAAACGUACAGGCGUUUACCUUCAUGGAUCUCGGUUUGGGUUAGGGUUUUUUAAGAUCAGUGCAGAAACCUCUUACAGGUGCCAUGUGCAGCACAAACCAUCUGUACUGUGCAUCACUGUCACAUUAACCUUGCAAUAAUUAUCUUAAACGAUUGACAGUAUGGUCUAAUUUGCUACUGCUACUUGCUUUUCCAUGCUACAAUUCCAUCAGCUGCAAGUCCUUCAGCCCCUCAAUCCUGAAGAGGAUAAAGAUUUUUUCAGCAUCUGACAUCACUGACAACAGACAGCUUUAUGUCUGUUUUCUGUAGAAGAACAGCGCCCUCCUACACUUUUUCAUGCCAUAGCAAUCAAGUGUAUUAUGUUAAAAUCUGACCUGGUGAUUUAAUGUAAAGAUGCAGAGGCUGAAAGAAGCUGAAGCUCUUUUCAGUGAUGGUCUCAAUUGUUUAUGAUAAUUAUACUGAUAAUUUAUUUAAGUGAUGAUUUAUUCAUAAGAAUACGCAGUACUACACAAAGCACCUUUAACAGAGGACUUGCACAAAAACAGAUUUUAAGUUUGCUAUUUUGCAAAGGUAGACAUUUCCUACAGGUAUUUAGGGAUUUUUUUACUUGUGUAUUAGUUUAUUUUUGUGUGGUCUAUCCUUGUUUAAUACAGAGUGGGGAAUCUACUUGUACUGGUGUAGUUCUCUCACUGACCUAAGAGGCAAGAGGAAGAGUAAGACUUGGAAAUAAUAAAAAAAAAAAAAUUACGGCCCGACAGUGUUUAAUAAAAGGCAGUGCUCUGAUUUCCUGCAGAGCCAGAGGUCUCAACCACUCAACCGUGUCUGGGCACGGACAAUAACUGUAACAGCCGGAGUUGCAUCAGGCCAUGAGAUGGCUGAAAGAUAAAGUUUUAUGAAUAACUGCAUUUUUAUACCUUAUACAUAAAUAUUUUUAUCAUAACUCUGGACAUUUAGUUUAUAGAAACCUCAAAAUGGCUGUUCAUAAAUGCUUCAUUCAGUGUUGUCAGAGGCCCCUUUCCCAUUAAACUAAUAGCCUGAGGCCCACACAUAAUAGCCCUGUAUGAAUAAAGCUUUUAGAUUAGCAUUUUCUCAUAAUGUUACUGCUAAAUCUCAAAACUGAGUGCUAGUAAGAGAACUGAUAAAAAAGAAAUCAAGCUAUAAAAGCAAAAUGUCUGCCUUUGUACAAUAACAGACGUGAGUUUAUUUUGGUGUCAUCCUUUCCUUUAACACUGUGGAGAUGCACCCAGUAAGAGUUUGGUUGGGGUAAGGACACAUGAAGGCAAAGACCUUAAAUAAAGUCAGUUCCAGUUCACCAUCAGCAGCCUGUACUGGCCUCACACCAGCCAGAACAUCAAAAAACUCAGAGAUGCAACAACCUGCUCUCAUUUUGUCCUCUGAGGAUCGCCAGCGCAUGACCGUUGUAUUUUGCUCAUGUUUCGUGAGGACUACUCUUUCUCACCACUUAUUCUGUUAUUCAUGUUCAUUCAUGGGUCACUCACAGGCAAGAUAGGACAUCAACAAUAGCUUCCCAGCUAAAAUGAUGCUAAAUUCAAGCUGCGACUUAGUAGGUUUGUCCCCUCCACCGGCCACUGACACAUAGAUCAGCAUUUGAAGGAAAGAUCCUAAAGUGUCACUGUGGCCUGUGGACGAAGGCGCUGCUUCUCCACUCUGACGUCGCUGAGUUCAACCUGAGAUUGCACUUGAUGAUGUUUCUGCCAAGUUUUACUUUGUUUACAUUUGUCUGUGUUCACAAAAUGAUCCUGUUCUACUUUAUGUACUUUCUCUGUGUUUCGCAACACUACCAUUUACCAUAAUAGUAAUAAUAACCCUAGAGAGAGUCUAAGCACAGCCGCAGAGCAUAGAUCACUGAGAGCACUGCAUGAGCUCUGCAGAAGCCCCCGUACCUGCCAAGGAAUGUGAAACUGUGUGUGUGUGUGCGUGUGUGUUUGUGUGUGUAUGUACACAUUACUUAGCAGUGUGCUACCUCAGACUGCUUGAGUUAAAAAGCACAACUGCAGUAGUUUUAGCAAAUGGGUACUUAAUUGACUUGUCUGUCUAGCUUUGUAUGUGAACUUCUGAUGCACACUAUUGAUCUUUGCUUCUUGCCCCCUGAUGAGUUAUUGAUUUCUUCAUAUGACAGUAAUAUAGGUACAAAUAAGGUGCAGCUCUUUGCAGCUGAUGAUGCAGUAACUGUCAGAAUCAUAAUAACAUGUCAAAAUGUGAUUUAAACAGGUCAUAACUAAAUCUGUUGAUGUGAUAAACUGCCAGACUGUGGUAGUAGUAUUACAUUAACAUGCAAUUAUUACUUUGUAAGGCUUGUAUCAUUUUCAACUGAUGGUUUAUCAUUUACACUUUAGGUGACUUAACUUUGAGAUUUUAUCAUAGGGAGUCAAAAUGAUCUCCUCAGCCAUUUCAGCAUAUCUUAUACUUAAUAUAAUGAUACAGCACUGAUCACAUUAAGGGUUUUAUUAUACUUUAAGUCCAAUAAGACUGACGUGUCAUCACUUUGACUGGUUAUUACAUUAUCUGGCAUUUCUGGCAUCAGCCUCUUCAUGCAAGUAAAACUGAAUUAGCAAUAAAGUUUCUAGCAUAGAUGCCUGUUCAUAGUAGAUACAAGUAAUUUGUAGGUAAUGACACCUGUUCUCUUCCAUUUUAACAACAGAAGUGUUUUUUUUUUCUCAUGGCUUCAAAUGAUUUGAACGGAUCGUUACCAGCCUUUUAUCAAACAUGAAGAAGAUACACAGGCCGUCGGCUCCUCGCAGCACGAGCUCCUCACGGUUAAUGUCAGAAACACUUAGCUCCACAAAAGCCUUAUUCCAGUGUAUAAUUACUACACAAUAACACUGUGUGAAUACAUUAGUAGUAGUUUGUGUAUACACAGAGAGGGAGCAGAGUGACUGUCCUCUAACUGUAAAGCCCAACUUCCCUCCUGGUGUCUCACCUCUGUUUUGACUUAUCAUACUUGAGAGUGUAACAGUGUUUCAAGUACACUAUGUAAGCAGCUUUGUUCCAAUUUUAUAAUAGAAAAUGAAUUAGAUCUUCAGUAUUAUUGUAUGGCUACAAGAUAAAGGAGGAAUCCAUCUCAUAUUUCAGACAGUUAGCUAUUAGUUAGUUAUUUCAAUUAAUAGUUGAAGCAGGUUGAAUGAAUUGAUUCCUCCUUAAAUACACUGGAAUAAGGCCUUUUUAAAACAUCUGUUGCCAGCUGUUAGAGAGAAUGCAGUACCAAAGAUGCACCACUGUCACGCUGAAGCCACAUAAACUGGAAUAAACACACAA